AUGGCUUCAGCUACCACAUUUUACGACUUCAAGGUCAAGGAUAAGAAGGGUGCCGAGAAGUCCCUAGAGGACUACAAAGGCAAAGUUGUGUUAGUCGUCAACACAGCAUCCAAGUGCGGAUUUACCCCACAAUACGCCGGACUCGAGAAGCUAUACAAGGACAUCAAGGCUACACAUCCGGAUGACUUCACCAUCAUCGGCUUCCCUUGCAACCAGUUCGGUGGCCAGGAGCCCGGUGCAGAUGACGAAAUCCAGAGCUUCUGCCAGUUGAACUAUGGCGUCACUUUCCCCAUCUUCGGCAAGACCGACGUAAACGGCGAUAAGGCCGAGCCCGUAUUCGAGUGGAUGAAGUCCGAGAAGCCCGGCCUUCUCGGCCUCAAGCGCGUCAAGUGGAACUUCGAGAAGUUCCUCAUCGGAAGGGACGGAAAGGUCAAGGAGCGGUGGGCCAGCACCACCAAGCCGGAGAGCUUGGAGAGGCCCAUCUUGGAUGAGCUGGAGAAGAAGGAGUAA